AUGACCACGAUCCCUGCCCGCCUCGCGCGCACCACAGCCGUGUCGGCCAGUCCCACCCACGCGCGCCAGAGGGUCUUGCAGCUCUACCGAGACUGGUACCGUGCGGCUCCCGAGAUCUGCACUCUCUUCGCCCUUAACGUUCCAGCUUCGCAAAUCCGUGCCGCCGUGCGCCAGCAGUUUGAGAAGAACCGUUAUGUCUCGGAUUCAAAGGUCAUUGACGUGCUCCUCCUCAAGGGCCGUCAAGAUUAUCAGGAGACCUUGAACUGUUGGCAGCAGGAGCCGCACGUCCUCGGCAUCCUCCUCGAGAAACGGGACCGGCCUCAGAGAUCGUUCUUGCAGAAGUUCUAUGAGGGUCGGGAAGACGAUGUCGUACCGGCUGCCAGCGGCCUGUAA